AUGAAACUUGGAAAUAACACUCAAGUGUCUGAAUUUAUUCUCCUGGGGUUUGGUGCCCAGCAAAAAUAUUACUAUAUAUUUUUUAUUUUAUUUUUAAUCAUCUAUGUGACUGCCAUGGUGGAUAACAUUGGAAUGAUCUUACUCAUCAGGACUGAUUCCAGACUCCAAACACCUAUGUACUUUUUCGUUCAACAUUUGGCUUUUGUUGAUAUCUGUUAUACCUCUGCUAUCACUCCCAAAAUGCUGCAUAAUUUCAUAGCAGAAAAUAAAUCUAUAUCGUUUAGGGGCUGUACUGUACAGUUAUUUGUUUAUGGACUGUUUAUAACUGUUGACUCCUACAUCCUGGCUGCUAUGGCAGUGGACCGCUAUGUAGCCAUCUGUCACCCACUUCGCUAUUCCAUAAUCAUGUCUCAAAGAGUCUGCAUACAAUUGAUAGUUGGAUCAUAUGUGGUAGGCUCAAUAAAUGCUUCUGUGCACACAGGGUUUACAUUUUCAUUGUCCUUCUGCAGCUCUAAUACUAAUCACUUUUUCUGUGAUGGUCCCCCAAUUCUUGCCCUUUCAUGCUCCAGUAUUGAUGUCAAUAUCAUGCUACUUGUUGUGUUUGUGGGCGUUAACUUGUCUUUCACUGUGUUGGUUGUCAUUGUAUCCUACAUCUAUAUCCUGGCUGCCAUCUUGAAGAUUCCUUCUGCAGCAGGGAGGAAAAAAAGCUUCUCCACCUGUGCCUCCCACCUGACCACCAUCAUUAUUUUCUAUGGAACUCUCUCAUACAUGUACUUACAGCCUCCCUCUGAUACUUAUCAAGAGAAUAUGAAAGUGGCCUCUGUAUUUUAUGGCAUUGUGAUACCCAUGCUGAAUCCCCUGAUCUACAGUUUGAGGAAUAAGGAGGCAAAAGAAGCAAUAAAGUUGCUGGGGGGAAAGCUUUUCUAA